AUGAUUCGCAAGUCGGUUGUAGAGGUGCUCGUCACACAGUCUAGCCUACCUUCGAAACCUCGUUUCUGGAUGGUCAUCGGUUGGUUGACUGUUGGCAAAUUACCCCAACGACAAUCGGCAAUGGGCUCUUUCGAUGGUCAAAUGAUGCCAUCAUCUCCAGUCAGGCUGGGCUGCAGUUUUGGGCUACUCAGCUCGGGCGUAUCAACAAUCAAAAGUGGGAUUAAAGUCUAG